AUGGAGGAGCAGCUGGCCUCCCUGCUAGCAGAGCAGCAGAAGCAGCAGAGCGCGCUUCAAAGCCUGGAGCAGGAGCUCGCAGAGCUCAAGGAGAAACGCGGGCGAGAGGGUGAUGAGGUCAGCUUUUUGCGAGGAGAGGUGACAGCUCUGGCAAGCACGCUGAAGGAUUUGGAUGAGAGGCCGUCCAGCAUCACGUCAGCGUGGAGAGAAGUGCUGAAGAGCGAGAUAUUGGAGGCUGUGAAGCAAGAGAACGAGGCCUUCCGGGAACGGCAUCUCCAGGAGGCUUCCACUGCGGAGAGCGUCAAAAACCUGGAGCUCACCAUGGGCCAUGUGUCCCGAGAGCUUAACAGGCUCUUACAGAAGGUCGGCGGCUUUGAGGUUGACUCGUCGCCAAGCCAGACAGUCUCCUUUGACGUCGCUGACACAAUCAUGUGCUCCACAAAGACGACCCUCGAGGGCGCUGUCAUGGAGGUCAGAGAUGAUCAGCUCAGACCACUCAAAGAUCUGAAGAUCAGCCCAGAUAUCUCCAGACUCUCGAGUGCCACUCAGGAUGGCGGAGCGGAAAGUGCACGAACCUGCCCUCCCCACGAAGAGCCAGGGGUCCAGUUCAUCUCUCAGCCCUCCACCGCGGACACGGGCGCAGUGACGCCGCCUUCGCAGCCUUUGCAGCAGCCCGCAUAUGUGCUGAAGGGCACGACGCCGCCCCGGUACCCGGUGCCAGUUUGGCAGACGCCUUCCCCAGUUCAACACCAGCUUCAGUCGCAGCAGCCGCAGCCGCAGCAGCCUCAGCCGCAGCAGCCUCAGCCGCAGCCACAGCAGCUGCAGCCGCAGUCAAAGGCGCUGCAACCGCAAGCCCAACAGUCGCUGCAGCCGCAAUGGCGCCGAAGCUUGCCGGUGCAGAACCGACCAGGCGCCACCUCGCCCUCGCCAGCGGUGCUGCGGAUGCGGCAGGAGACCUCGCAGGCUGCACAGCAGGACCGCAUUGUCCGGCCUGCAAAUGUGAAGCCUCCAGCGCAGGUAUCCCGCUCGACCAUCGCUGCCCCGCGCUGGGCGCUGGACCCCAGACAGGCCGAGGUGUCGGAGAGCUCCGUGAACCGAGCCACCAUCGCCAUGCCCUUGCCGCGCCAGGGCUACACCGGCAAUGCCAAGCCUGAGGCGCCGCGCUUGAUCCCCAGCACCAUCCGGACCAAGGCCUUGUCCCCUUCCCAGGUGCAAGCUGUGGGCAGAAGAUGA